AUGACCAAGUGGACUCUACUGAUGCUGAUGGUCCUGACCUUGGUCAGAAACCCCCUUAUCCCAGCGACCCCUGUCCCAGCCUUCCAGCAUGUCCCUCAGGACUUUUCCCAGGGCACUCCCUACCCUGUGAUCUCAAAGAGCCCCUCCAGUUCGCUGUGGGAUCACCCCCAGCCCGGCCCCCGCCCUGGCUCCCACAUCACCCUCUCUCUGGACGUUCCCAUGGGUCUCCUGCAGAUCUUACUGGAACAGGCACGGGCCAGGGCUGUUCGAGAACAGGCUGCUGCCAACGCUCAGAUCCUGGCCCAUGUGGGCCGCCGCUAA